UAAAUCCAAGCCUGGGUUAUACUGCUCUCAGCUCUCAACUCUCAACCUGUGGUGUUGGGCAACGUCACUAAAGACAGACACAGAGAGAGAAAGAAACAAGUUGGCUUUGUCGCUUUGUUCAUGUCAGUGAGCCUUUGAGAAACAACAACUACAUAGACAAAAUAGCACCCGUCACCAAGCAAAACAUAAACUAAAUUUGUUAUUCUUCUCUAAUAACCCACAACUAGUGAAUUUGAGAGGUUCUAUUCUCCCACGAAUUUCGUUUCUAUGUCUUCUGAUCUCUAUGCUUUUGACACCAGCUUCCACACACAUCAUUCAAACACUGAUGGAGUUGGAGACCUUCCUUUUCUCUCAGACUCUCUUCCUUUCUUCCCCAAUUCUCCCACUUCAAAUGCUCCUCCUUCUCUCGACCCAUUUUCCCCUUCUUUUUUCUCUUUCUCCCCUCCCCACUUGGAAAGCCUCAGCCUUUACCAUGCCAACCGCGUGCAGCCUCUGUCCAAUGGCCAGAACUUGGCCACUGAACUCGGAAGCUUCACGGCUGUUGAUGGCUCCCAAGUGAAGAGUGAGGAAUGUCAAGUGGCUGUUGACUGUGUCUACGCUCAGCAACUACUUCCUCAUAGCUAUAGUGGGGCCGAAAAUUUCUCCAAGUACAUGCAGAGGAGCUUCAGUAGCAACUCUUUUGAAGGAAAACCCGGUUUUCUGUCACAACCUUAUAGUGAUGCUCUCCUGGAUUCUCCUAAUUUUCAAAGGCAUGACAUGAGUUCCCCUGAUGACAGUCUCUUCGGUGGACAAAUGAGAAGGGUUUGCAGCACCGGAGAUUUGCAGAACAUGAAGGGAAAUCACAUGUCUCCAACGGAGGCGCCGUUGUUGGAGGAAUCGAACUUCAAAGUAGGGCGUUACAGUGCGGAGGAAAGAAAAGAAAGAAUUUCUAAAUACAGAGCAAAGAGAACACAGAGGAACUUCAACAAAACCAUUAAGUAUGCAUGCCGAAAGACACUAGCCGAUAAUCGACCACGCAUACGUGGCAGAUUUGCUCGCAACGACGAGACCAGCGAGACUCCCAAGGCUUCAUGUUCCACCCGGGAUGAAGAUGACGUCGAUUUCUGGAUUGAAGAAUUGCGAUUGCAUGAAGAGCAAGACGAUGUAACAGUGGGGGCAGAACAAUAUUUGAGAAGUUUUGGAGCUAGUCAAUUUCAGUACGGUGGCUUUUGAGUUUUAGAAGCAUAAUUUUAUGGAAGAGCCUUUAGGAAAGUUUAGGCUCGAUCAAGGGAGAAAAGAAUUUGCAAGCCAUAAGAAAGAUUAAUUGCAGAUUUUUUUUCUUUCUUUUUUAUUGAAUUAAAUAAAAAAAUGUCAAUAAGGUACGGGGAAUCUGAGAUGUUGCGGAGGACCAACAUGAAAUUGGGUUGUUGGACAAGGGUGCCCCGGUUAGUCUAGUUGUAGUUGCACACUUGCACCCCUAUAUAUUUUUUUAUUUCAAGCUAUGAUUUACCAA